AUGCAGGUCGCAGAAAUACUGUCCGAUAUCACAUCUCUACGGGUCUGUGGCCACAACGAAGCCCUUUCCUUGGUGAAUGCAAAUCAGUCCCUCGCAGAUACCAGCGCGACCGAAAUAAGCAACAGCUCAACCGUGAAUGCCUCCCAUGACACCCAACUGAACAAUAAGCAGGAUCAUUUGCGACGAGCCAAAGAACUGGUCAAGCUGCAUUACGAAUUCAAAUCAAGACACUCGGAUGGCGAAGUGGACAGUGCGCUGCAAAAGUCUCGUGAAGAUGUGGAGCAGGUUCUGGCCGAGCUAGCAUGA